AUGCAAGCGCGCCCGUCAUUAUUCCAGCGGCUGCGCCCGCACCUCCAGCCGGCCCGCCCCGCCACGCUGCGCCGCACGCUCGUCGCCGCGCCCAAGCCCGGCUCCGGCCCACUGAUGGAGCGGCGCGCCGACCGCGCCCUCCCCAGCGUCUCGACGCACCGCCGCUGGGUCUACACCGUCCCGCUGUUCUUCGGCAUCAUUGGCGUCUCUGCCCUCGCCAUCUUCAACUACCAGAAGCAGUCGUCCUCCGUGACUGAGAGCACGCUCUACGCGCUCCGCACCAACCCUGCUGCGCGCGAAGCCCUCGGCGGCGAAAUCUACUUCGCCAGCAAGAUCCCUUGGAUCAGGGGCGAGAUUAAUCAGUUGCAUGGCCGUAUCGAUAUCAACUUUAGGGUGAAGGGAAAGAAGCAGUGUGGGACUAUGAGGUUCCGGAGUGAGAGGAAGACGAGGAUGGGCUAUUUCGAGACGCUAGAGUGGAGCCUGAAGACCGACGACGGCCAGGUUCUCCAGCUUCUGGACUCCGCCAAGCCGGAUCCGUUCCGUCGGAGCUCAGAUGACGAGUGA